AUGGAGGGGUAUGUUAGGAGAGUUUGGAGGAAUCAGAAGGUGGAUAAGGUGAGUAUGGUUAAAAAAAGGGGUAUUCCUGUGGAUAUGAACAUGGAAAAGGAGGAGAUAAGGGUGGUGCCAAUUUGGGUGCAACUGAAAUUGAACUUCAAGUAUUGGGGUGAGAAGUCUUUGUUCAAAAUAGUGCAACAAAUUGGUACUCCUAUCAAGAGGGAUCAAGCUACUGCUAAUAGAGAUAAGAUCUAUUGUCAGAUGGUUGGGCAUGUAGCAGCUGACUGUAGAAAAGGUGGAGUUAGGAGGAGAUGGGUUCAGAAAACCACUCAACCAGUGGUUCAACCUGUGACUAAGCCAACUGUUACUGAACCAGAAGUAGAUCAGGAGGGAUUUCAGAGGGCUCUUAAGCCUAUUAGAGUGAGGUCAUCUCCUGUUGUUCCUACUCAAAUUGUUAAUUCUUAUGGAGUAUUGACAGAACAGGAUCAAAUAGGAGAUACUCUAGUUGGGUUAGCUGGUGGUGAGGUUGUUUUGCAAGUGAAGUAUGGGGUUGGUUUAGUUGGCCUUCUAGAACACAAAGUAAAGGGUGCUAACUUAGGCACUCUUUACCAAAGGUCAAUUUUUGCAUAUCUUGUUGCUCCAAUAAGUGGUAAGCCUAGCUUCCAUUGUACUUUCAUUUAUGCUUUCAAUACUAGUGUUCAGAGGAAGGAAUUGUGGAGGGAUUUGAAGGCCAUCAAAGUGCUUGGUCCCUGGAUUCUGUGUGGUGAUCUAAAUUGUGUCAUGUCUGCUGAUGAGAGAGUUGGUAGUAUUGUUAGGAAAGCUGAAGUGGAAGAAAUUGUUGAUUGCAUGCAAGAGUGUGGAAUGAAUGAUAUCAAGUGUGUAGGCAAUUUAUUCACCUGGAAUAAUAAACAACAGGGUGCAGCUAGAGUAUUUUCUAAGCUUGAUAGAAUUAUGGGGAAUGUUGCAUGGCAGAAUGUGUACAGUUCUGCUGAAGUGUGUUUCAUGAGUGAAGGUCAGUAUGAUCAUUGUCCUAGUCUUCUUACUGUAUUGCCUGGUGUAGUGGUAGGGAAGAAGCCUUUCAAGUAUUUCACCAUGUGGAAGAAUUCUCUUGUGUUCCAGGAUUCAGUUUCUGCUCCUUGGAAUACAACUUUUGUUGGUAGCAAAAUGUAUAUUGUGACCAGGAAACUGAAAAGAGUUAAAUCUAUUUUGAAAGAGCUGAAUAGGGUGGGUUUUUCUGAUAUUCAAGCUGCUGAACUGAGUGCUUAUCAAACAAUGUUGUCUGCACAAGAAGCUAUGCAUCAUAAUCCUAAUGAUCAGGAGCUAGCUGAUCAGGAACUGCUUGCCACUAAUGAGUAUAGAAUUAAGCAUAAAGCUUACUUGGAAUUCUUGAAGCAAAAAGCUAAGGCUGAUUGGAUUAAAUCUGGAGAUGAGAACACAGCUUUAUUCCAUCAGAGUAUUAAAAGUAGAAAUGUGCAGAAUCAAGUCUAUACUAUUCAUGAUAUGAAUGGUGAGUGGAAGGAUGAUCCAGUGGCUGUGUCAGAUGAUUUUGUUUCUUAUUGUAAAUCUCUUCUUGGUACAACUCAUGUUCAAAGGAAGUCUGUGAUUCAGCAAGUUGUCCAGGUGGGACCCGUGUGUUCUGGAGAUCACAAGGCCAUUUUAUCUGCUCCUUAUACUGCUGAAGAAGUUAAAGAAGCUUUGUUCUCUAUCAAGGGUGAUAAGGCUCCUGGGCCAGAUGGCUUUGGUUCUCACUUUUAUAGAGAUGAAUGGCAAGUUGUGGGUGUUGAUGUCACUGAUGCUGUCCUAGAUGUGUUGCAUUUUGGUAACUUGUUGAAAGAGGUAAAUCACACUGCUAUCACCCUUAUUCCUAAAACUAAGUGUCCUAGGAAUGUGAGUGAUUUUAGACCUAUUUCAUGUUCUAACACCUUGUAUAAGUGUAUCACCAAAGUUCUGUGUGGGAGAUUAAGGAGAGUAUUACCUGAUCUCAUUUUGGAAAAUCAGGGUGGUUUUGUUCAUGGGAGAUUCAUUGUGCACAACAUUAUGGUGGUUCAGGAUCUUGUGAGACAAUGUGGUAGGAAGAGUGUCAAGCCUAGUUGUUUGAUGAAAAUAGAUUUGCAGAAAGCUUAUGACACAGUUGAUUGGGAUUUUCUCAAAGAAAUGUUGGUGUGUCUAGAGUUUCCAGAUCAGUUUAUAAAGCUUGUUAUGGAAUGUGUUACCACUCCUAUGUUCUCUUUGAUGAUUAAUGGAUCAAUGCAAGGAUUCUUUAAGUCUAAUAGGGGUUUGAGGCAAGGUGACCCUAUGUCUCCUCUCCUUUUUGUCAUUUGCAUGGAGUACUUGUCCAGAGUUUUACAGAAAAUGAGUGGAUUGCAGCAUUUUCAGUAUCACCCCAGGUGUGGUCAGCUUCAGUUGACUCACUUAUGUUUUGCAGAUGACUUGAUCCUAUGUUGCAAAGGGGAUUUCCCUUCCAUAUAUUUGUUACUUCAAGCAUUCAAGCUGUUUUCAGAUUCUUCUGGUUUACAAGCAAAUAAGGCUAAAUCUUCCAUUUAUUGUUAUGGUAUGCCUGAGAAUGUUGUGAAAAGAGUUCUAGAGGUGUCUGGUUUUAGCAGAAGCAGUCUUCCAUUUCAACACCUGGGUGUUCCUAUUAGCUCAAAGAGAAUUUCAGCUGCACAGUGUGGGGUGUUAGUUGAAAAAAUGACAGCUAGAAUAAGAAUCUGGAGUUUUAGAAAUCUCUCCUACACUGCAAGGGAUCAGUUGAUCAACUCUGUUCUCAUGAGUCUCCAUAUGUAUUGGGCUCAGAUUUAUAUUCUCCCUAAGUGUGUGCUGAAUGUGUUACUGUGGAAUGUGGCAAACAUAGGAAAGUAUGUGUGGUCCCUUGCUACUAAUCAGGUCAAUGUCUGGACAAAAUGGGUGACAUCUAUGUAUUUAAAAGAUGGGUAUUCUGUUAAGCAAGUUUAUGACAAAUUGGUUGGUAGUAAACCAAAAGUACACUGGGAUAAUAUGGUGUGGAAUCGUUUGAGUACUCCAAAACACAGAUUUAUUUGUUGGCUUGCUGUCCAACAGAGACUGCAAACUACAGCCAAAUUGGCUAGUAUUGGGGUCAGUUCUUCUUCUGAUUGCUUACUGUGUGGGCAAGGGAUUGAGAACCAUGAUCAUUUAUUUUUCUCAUGUCCUUUUAGUAGUAGAUGUCUGGCUGAGUUGAAGAUUUGGUUGGGCAUUCAGCUACCUGUUUGUAACUUGCAGCAGCUUAUCAAGAAGAUAGGGUGCAGUAAACACUCAAAAUUCAGAAAACAGGUGAUAUUUGCUGGCAUGGCUGCUUCUGUUUACACCAUCUGGAAGAGUAGAAAUGAUAGUUUUUGGAAUGGAGUUGUUCCAACUGUGCAACAUUUUGUGUCUAGGCUGAAGCAAAUUGUUAGAAGUAGAAUUUAUAUGGUUAUGCCAAAGUCUAUAAGUAGAAGGGAUAGUCAAUGGUUUUUGACUUUGUAA